AUGUGCUAUCAAGCAGGCUACUGCCGUGUAGCUUCAUUUCUGUGGAAUAUUUUUUAUGAAAACGGUUUUGAAUUUGUUGCCCAUGCAGGAAAUCACAGAUGGAUUCGAAGGCAGCGUAUACGUGUUACAGUACUGAAAUGGGCAGAAGCGGAUAAGAGCAGUGCCGAAUCAGACGAUGAUUGUUAUGAUCAGUGUGUCAGACUGCGAAAAGCAAGAAUGUUUUUGCACGAUAACAGUAAUCCGGAGUAUCCGCUCUUAGCGCUCAAUGAUGUGUUCAUCGGUGAAAGUCAUGCGGCCAGAGUUAGCUACUAUGAUGUGCAAAUUGAUGAUGGUCCAGUGAUGCGUCAAAAAAGCUCUGGAUUGACUGUUUGCACCGGCACUGGCUCCACAUCAUGGAAUUAUAAUAUCAAUCGUGUAUCUGAACAGCAUAUAUGUGAACUUUUGUCAAUUAUGAAGGAUAUGAGCUUGCUCACGGCAAAUUCAACAGCUGAUAAUAGCACACGGGAAAUAUGCAAACGUUUCAACGAAAAACUACUUUUUGAUCCUCAGUGUACAACGAUGGCAUUCACAGUGCGUGAUCCAGUAUUUAAUCUAACUUUCCCAGCGGGAACGCAGCGUGGUUUUGCAAAAAGGAUACGAGUGAAAUCGAGAUGUACAAAUGCUCAUAUUAUUUUGGAUGGUAGUGUUUCUGUACCUUUCAAUUCAGGAACUGAAGUACUUCUCCAGAUUCACGACAGCGAUGCAUUACGUUCCAUUGUUUUACCGUGA